CGAUAUUUUUCGAGAACAAGUGCAAUAACUGCUUCAUCAUUAAAACGAGCAUAAAUCAUUUUAUUUUGUAUACUCGAUAGAUUUUUGUUUAAUUUUAGUCCUGGUUUAUGAAGUUCUGUGUUUGACAGCGAAUAAGAUUAUUGCAACACAAUAAAUAUAAUUGUGUAAUUUAAUUCACGGUAAAUUUCUCUAUUGUUACGUGUUAUAAAUUUCUCUCAACUGACAUGUGAAAUGAGCAUUGUCGGCAGUAGAGGGAAACAGCCCCAUACGACCCAAAAAAUUGAUUAUUUAUACUCUUUUCAAACAAAUUAUGUUUCAUUUUAGUAAAAAAAUUUUCAUUUUCCAAGAAAACUAUUUUAGCUCAUUACAGAUAUAAGAUUCUUGCACUAUGAAUUGAAAAAAAUAAUUAAAAAUUGGACUCGUUUCUCGGAAGAAAAUAAAAACAUAGCAUGCAUUUCGUGCGGAUUAGCCAAUCAGAUUGCUAGAAAACCUAAAUCAUUGCGUUUAUCUAGUUCAAAUUUUUAAAAUAAUUGUUUGAAACAUUUCUAAACACUGGAUUUUAGAAUAGAUUUUUUCCUGUGGUGCUCUGACUUGUUUCACCUUUAAUUCUUACUAUUAACUAGAUUGCUGAAGGGUAGCUAGGAAACAAAACAAAAUAUAAAAAAAUAUUACUCUUAAAUUUUGAAAGCACUUUUUUGCGGUACCGUAUUAAAAUGUUUCGCUAAUCAUCAUAUAAACAUAUUUAUAUAUUGUGGCUUUAUGAAUAGAUCCACCUUUAAAUUAAGUAUCAAGCUAGCUAACUAAGUAAAAAGCGGGACAUUUCGUCAUUUUAGAAGUCUGCUAUUUGUAGUCGAUGGAAAAUCCAUGUGUUUUGAUUUAAGCUGAUUAAGCACGACCAUUUUGGCAACUAAGAUAAUAUUUAUUUAUAAUAUUUGUUAUAUAGAUAUAUAAUGACGGUGACUUAUUCACGAAAGCCGACUCAAAUGCGAAUCCGUAUGACAUUUACUUAUCAAUCUACAGAAUCCCAGUCUUUGAUGUUUAUUCGGCAUACAUAUAUUACAGAGAAACCACGGAUUCUAAUGUUUUGAAGAGCGCAUCAGAAGAUAUCGGAAAAUAUGUCCAUGGUACAUUCCACUCCAAUCGAGCUAUCAUUGUGACUUCAAUAAAGAUACCCAGCCAUCCAUCUCGCAGUAAGUAUCAUACACACCAAUGUAUUCUUGCAACAAAUGGAACUGCAACCUUUGUCAUUCUUAACUACGCGCGUCUUGAUUAUUCAUAUGCAAUUGUUGAAUACCAUGAAAAAGAUUGCGGUAAUGAGAUAUUUCAACCUUCAAAAUUCAGUCGGUCGCUCGUUGUAACUUCUAAUAUGGGAAUAACUGGUCGCCAUGUGUUUUUACUGACGAAGAAAUGUAAAGUUCCAGAAUUAUAUCCCUAUGGACAGAAGGAGGGUGAUAACAUCAUGAAACCUGGAUAUCAUUACACAGAAAGUUUUCAGCUGGAACAACCUUUGUUAAUAUUUUCAAGAAUGGUUAAAACACUAUAUAUAUCAACUAAUGGACUUUUAUAUGGAAACAUUCCACUCGUGAAUGACACUAUUCCAUACCCAGCUUCAACAGACAAAGUGAUAUACAUAUUGAACUUAGACAUCGACACUAGGAAACAAGGUACUGUGUAUUACAGAAAAACUCAAAAUCGCACUUUACUGCAAAGCAUUUCUAAAGAGAUAAAACAAGUGUUGGAGGUAGAAUUCCAAGCAAAAGACUUAGUUAUUGUAACGUUUGCAAAUGUUUCAACUUAUUUCCGCAAAAAACACGAAGUCACUUCUGCCCAAUUGGUGGUUGCAACAGACAAUAAAACAUCGUACGCAAUUUGGAAUUAUUUGUCUUUAAUAAGACUUGGCUUCUCCGAACGGAUGUGCAACUUCAUGGUUUCAAGGUUUAAAAAGAAAUCAGUUACUAAAAGAAAUCGAUUUUUCGAGAAAUUGUCUUCAACCGACUGUCGCGCAAAGCAAAAAGAUUUUUAUCCCCAUGGCAUUGAUGAAGGAGAUGUCAGAAUUAGUCUGCCAGGAUAUACCAGAUGUUACCAAUUACCACAAAAAUAUUUUGACAAUAUUCAUUACUUAAAAGGAACUUACAUGCAUUUAUAUGAUGCUUUUCAGUUUGACGUGUUGAAUGCUUACAGUAAUAAUGCACGAAUAUGUACAUACAUCGCACGUGAUGGAUAUUUUAAUGUAUACUACAGACGAAGCGAAGCAGAUUGGAUUCUUUCAAAAAUUAACGAUGACCUGGGUUUUGAAUUUAACGCUACAACAGUGACAAUUAUAACUGCUGUUUUCGAUUCUUUACACGGUAGAACAUUAAAAGACAAAUUUCAACUGCUGUUAGUGUCGAGUGAUAUAGACACAUAUAUUGUAGUAUAUUACAAAAAGUAUACUUAUUUUGACAAUCAAGACACAUGGAUAUUAUCAAAUCAAAAUCUGGAAUACGAAAAAAGUAACAAUGUGAAGAAAUCGAGAAAAAAAAAGAAUGUUUAUCAUUUGAAGAAGGUCGGGGUUAUGCCAGAAUUGUAUCCUCACGACCCAGGUAUGGAAAGGCAGGCGCUCAAAAUGAAUGAGAAAGUGCAUGAAGUUGUCUUGGAUGAACCAAUGCUUUUGUUCUCAAGAAAUGAGAGAAGAUUCUUUAUAAACAACGAGGGUAGCAUAAGUCUAAACGGUUCCACAAAAUUCGACGAUGAUAGUAUAUUUAUUUCAACAUAUGGAAUGGAAUUUGACCUCACAUUUGGUGGACAUAUAUACUAUAGUAUCUCUCGCAGCCAGAGUAUACUGAAUAAGACCAACAAAGACGUUGCAGCAAGUGGAAAUAAAAAAUUUAACGCAUCGCAAGCUAUUAUUGUCACGUACGUAAAUGUAUCAGCUCGUGAUGCACCUGAAGAAAAGAAUACUUUCCAAACUGUGAUAGCAUCAGACGGUACAAAGACAUAUGCUAUCCUGAUAUACAAAAAACUCGAAUCUUGGAAUGCAUCUAUUAAAUUUCGAGAAGGUUUCUGCAUGUGGAAAAAUUUUGUUAAAUCAAGGGAUGGUCGCUACAUGAUGUCGCGUUCAAACGAUCAUCUUAUUGACGGUAAACAUGUACAUCUACUAACGACAAGGAGUUGUAAAGAAAAACACACGACAACCCUCUAUCCAUACGGCGAGAUGUACAGAGAUGAGAAGUUCUCGUUAGACAUAUCUCCAUUGGCCGGGAGAGGAAGAAUUUCGUUAAGUACACCAAUGCUACUCUUUUCAAAGUUAGCCACCCGUUUACAUGUAAAACAGCAUGGUGAGAUUUUAGUUGGAGAUGACGCGUAUUAUGAUGCUGAGUUGAAAGAACUAAAAAUCACAUGGAUCGCAGCCUAUAACAAUCAAUAUUUUUUUGAUCCAAAAGCGAAUGGAAUAUAUUAUCGUGAAACAUUUGACAGCAGGAUAUUUUCUUUGGUAAAUAAGGAUUUAAGACGUUACGGAGUAAAAAACUUCACCUGCGUCCAAGCUGUUAUUGUCACCUUUAUCAACAUGUUCGGGUUCUACAAAUUCGGUGAUACAUUUCAAACUGUCAUAGCCACAAAUGGUAAAGAAACUUACGCCAUUUUUAAUUACAAUCGCUUAGAUAAUCCUGAUUGCAUAGUCGCGGGAUACGCAGAAAUGUAUUGUUCUAAAUACAGUAUGGAUUGUAAAAAUGUGUCAUAUACUUCAAAUGUCGGCAUUCCUGGUCGACAUGUGCUAACGUUGACGUCAGUUUGCCGUAUUGCCGCCUUGUAUCCAUAUGGCAUGCAAGUAAAUGAUACAGUGAUGCAACGUGGAGAUGACCAUGUGGAAAAAAUGCUGCUAAAAAGUCCCCUCCAUUUUCUAGCGGGACCGCCUACUCACAGCUUAUAUAUAAGUAGCAAUGGUUUCAUUGCAUCUGAACAUCCUGGCGAUAUGAAAAAUAUCACAUUGCCAUCUCCAUAUAUGAUAUUGGCACCAUAUAACUUGGAUUUUGACACAACAAAAGGUGGAAAUAUAUUUUAUAGGGAAAGUUAUGAAACAGACGUGCUUAAUCAAGCCACAGUAGACAUUCGGAAGCGCCUCAAUUCACAAUCAUUUGUCGCCAAACAAGCAGCUGUUAUCACUUACGAAAACGUUCCUCUACGAAGUAACAUUUCGUUACUUCAUACGUUUCAAGUGAUUUUAGUUCGAGAUCCAUACUACACUUACGCUAUACUCAAUUAUAUUCGUCUUGACGCAAAUGGAGCAAUGUGCGGAUAUUCUAUAAGAUCUUGCACAUCUGAAAGUUUCGAAUAUUUUCCUGACAGUAAAAAAUUAGCACAAUCCUCAAAUGUCGAUAUUGAAGGAAAGAGUAUUUACAGAAUAUCUUCAUACUCCAACUGUGCUGCACUUCCAGAAUUAUUUGCAUGGGGUUAUCCAGCUAACGAUUAUCUUUUAAACGGCCUCUACAAAAAUUUUCAUACACUUAAACGGCCAAUGCUUUUGUUUUCAAGACCUGAACAGCUGCUUUCCGUUUCUAAAAUUGGGAUAUUUGUAGACGAAGAUCUGCCGUUGAGUGACAUAUUAGCUGGGAAAAAUGCCAGAACAAGCAUAUACCCGUAUGCUAGAGAGUACUACUAUAGCACAAAAGAAAUUGGUCGAGGUGACUUCAACGCUAUAUACGUACGAGAAACAUUUGAUAUUUCUUUUUUAAAUCUAACGAGUAUGCACGUCCGUAUCUAUUCAAAUGAUCAAUUCGUUGCAACACACGCCUUUGUGGUGACAUAUAUACAUCUUCCCAUCAAAAGCAGUACUACAGCCCAUGGUAAUACGUUCCAAGUAGUUUUGCUUAGUAAUGACAAACAAACGUAUGCAAUUUUAACCUAUCAACACCUACACUAUCGAGCGUCUGUUGCCGGAUUUAACGAGAAGUACUGCUUCUCUAAAGUUUUUGCAAAUAAUUCUUACAGCCGAGAUCUGCAAAGAACUUCCAACAUUGGAAUUCCAGGCAGACACGUGUUCUUACUUACAACUAACUGUGCGGUUCCUGAACUUUACCCUUUUGGCGAUGGAGUUCAUGACAAAGAAUUACCAAAAGGUGACGAAACGCAAGAAAUAUUCAAUUUAUCUCGCCCAAUGCUCUUGUUUGGAACAGAUGUUUCAAGCAUUUUUAUAUACACCAAUGGAUAUAUAGCAAAAUCCGGAAAUAUACCACUUGAUAAUAUUACAAUUCCCUCAUCAUAUCAUUUUAUUGCAGCAUAUGCACUGAACCUGGACACAAGCAAAAAGGGGAAAGUACUAUAUCGCGAAGAAUUUAACGUCACUUUAUUAGACAAAGUCAGCAAACAGGUUCGCAAGUAUUCAAAAAACUCCUUCCACGCAAAUCACCUUGUAAUUGUGACGUAUGCAGAUGUUCCGAGACGUUACAACGAUACCUCAACACAUACCUUUCAGAUAAUCUUAGCCUCAAAUGGGCAUGUGACAUACUGUAUGUUUAUUUAUAAACACUUGAGUAAUGGCGGUGCUUUUAGUGGAUUCGCAGAAGGUCGUUGCAGAGCGAACUGGGUGACAAGUCGAGAAAGUAGCAACAAACUUAUUACAAAGUCUAACAUCGGAAUCAUUGGACAAAGCGUUUAUAAAGUUACAUCACCGUAUUGUCGAGUUGGUAGGAGCGAGUUGUAUCCAUAUGGGUAUAAAAACGAGGAUUUUAAAAUUCAAGUCUAUGUGACCUCUUUAAUUCCACAUAGUAUAGUGUUAACUAAGCCCAUGUUGUUAUUUUCAAGUAAAGCGUGGGACGUCAGUAUAGGAACGGAUGGCUAUGUUAUUAUAACCGAAAACUACAUUCCCAAAAAUAAAAAGCUUCCAUUUUAUAUAACGCAUAUGGAAAUCUAUCGUAUGCGCUAUUUUUCCGGAAAUGUUUACUGUAGGGAAGUAAACAAGGUAAAAGACUUAUACCUAAUCACCAAUGAUAUUCGAUUAUACUCGAAGGAUAACUUCACUGUUACUCAAGCUCUUCUCAUCACGUUUUUUGGUAUGCGCGAGUUUCAAUCUUCAAGGUACAAUACCUUCCAAGUGGUAUUUGCAUCUGACGGAAGUGUCACAUAUGCGGUGCUAAACUAUGUUCGGCUUGACAGUAAAAAUGCUAGAGUUCAAUACCAUGAACCCUAUUGUACUUCAUCUACAAUAGUGGAUCCUGAAGAAAGCCAAAAGCUUUUUUCAAGCACUAAUAUCAACAAACCAGGAAAACACAUCAUAAAACUGACCAGCAAAUGCCGAAAAGCAGAACUUUAUCCUUACGGAUUAAAUGUUGGUGAUAAAAAUUUCACAAGCAACCAAAUCGAGCAUUUAAUUUUGCAAAAAGGAAUGAUGUUGUUCUCAAGGAUUUCAAAGGACCUAUAUAUAAACGUGAAUGGGGUAGUAUCGAUCGAUGUACCUGUAGAAGGACCGGUUAAUAAGCUUCUCGCUCAACACACUGUAUUGGCAGUAUUUUCUAAGGAGAUGGAUUUAACAGUGACUGGUAAAAUAUUUUACAGAGAAACAUUUGACAAAGAAGUGCUACAAACAGCCACAGAGGAUAUUCGACUUUUUGCAACAACUCCUUUCGUGGCAAAACAUGCCAUUGUAGUAACCUUUGUCGACGUCCCUGCAAAAAAGACAAAAAUACUAAGGCAUACAUUUCAAGUCAUAUUGGCUUCCGAUGGACGAUCUACUUAUCUUAUCUUCAACUUCAUACAACUUGACAGCGAUGACGGUUACACGGGUUUUGCAGAGAAGUUUUGCGAAGUAAAGAGUUUAAAACCAUCAGAGGGAAUACAGACAUUAGCUGGAGAUACCAACGUCGAUAUAAAGGGAAAGUUUGUUUAUUUAGCGACUGUAGAAAACUGCAAGGGAGACAAAGGAAUGUAUCCAUAUGGUCCUCUUCAUGGUGACAGAGAAAUGCGUCGAAGAGAUAACACUGCAUAUGGGUUUGCACUUAGCAAAUCAAUGCCAUUGUUCACCAGGAAUGCAAAGAAAAUGUGGAUCAGCACCAACGGAGUUAUUGGCAUCAACGCAUACUUAAACAUGAGAAAAGUCAAAAUUCCAAAUAGAUACACUCUUCUUGCAAGUUACAAUGUCGAUUUAGAUGUUACACAGGGGGGAACGAUAUAUUUUCGCGAAAGCUUUGACGUAACCCUUUUACAAAAAGCAAGCAAAGAUGUAAGGAAACUACCUGACAGCCCAUCAUUUGUUGCCAAUCAGUGUGUCCUGAUAUCAUACCUAAAUGUUCCAGAACACGAUCAUCCUGAGCGCCGUCAUACAUUCCAAGUUAUCUUAGCUUCUGAUGGAGGAAAGACCUACGUGAUACUUAUUUAUAAAACGCUAUCAACAAAUGGAGCUGUAGUUGGUAUUUCUGAAAGAUUUUGCGGUUGGAAGUACUUUGAGCCUCUCAAAAAUAGUACAUCGUUGGUUAAGAAAACAAACGUCGGUGAGAUUGGAAAGCACGUAUACCUGCUGAGCUCAGAUAAUUGCUCCAUAACAGGUAUAUGUGGAUUAGCGAAAAUUACGUAG